CCAACAAGUCCGAUCCACGGCAGCUCCACCUCACAACUUACAAGACUUGAAGGAUCUGCUGCUAAUGUCUUGGUGCCAGAUACCACAGGACACCUUCAGGGGUCUUGUAGAGUAAACAGCCUAGGACGAGUUUGAAAAAUGAGCACGGGGAGAGCGGCAUAAAUAGGGCCACGCAGCACUCAGACGAGAGAGAGAGACUGGACACGACAGAGCCGAGCCAGAGCAAGGAUUGUUAGUGAAACUUUAUUUGUGAAAUCAGUGUGUGAUAGGAUUUAGCUUAGUGCUUAAAAGGAAAACUGGAAAGUGGUGUGGUGAAGAGGAAAAAUAAAGCCUCACCUUAAGAAGGAAAACUGCUUCUUGCCUCAUCUUUUACACUGGUGCCGAAACCCGGGAUUGAAGUUUGGGUCGAAGAUGGAUGGAGGUCGUCCCAUAGAGUCCUCCCAGUUGGCGGAGAUCCUCCAAGCCUUCGCCAGCCUACAUCAGAGCCACCAACAGACGCUGCUUGAGCUCCGACAAGAUCAAGACCGCCGGUUUGUCGAGCUCCUGCAUGCUCAAGCCGAGGACCGGCAGGCGAUCCGGAGCCUCCUCAGCCAGAAGGCGUCCUCAGCCGCGACCCUGGACACUCACACGCCGUUACCCCCGCCAGCAUUACAGAAAAUGGGGGCGGCGGACGACCCUGAGGCCUUCCUGGAUUUGUUUGAGCGGACCGCCGAGAUCUGGGGCUGGCCGCUCGGCCAAUGGGCGGCCCGACUGAUCCCACUAUUGUCCGGGGAAGCCCAGCUCGUGACUCAACAACUGCCAGCGUCGAGCCUCCUGGCCUACGGAGAUUUGAAAAGAGCCAUCUUGCAACAGGUUGGUCGCACUCCGGAGGAGAGUCGUCAACUCUUCCGGAGCUUGAAGUUGGAGAGCUCCGACCGCCCAUUUGCCUUUGCCCAGCGGCUCCAUGACACCUGCCGAAGUUGGCUGCUAGCGGGGGAUCGCGAUGUCCAGGGAAUUAUCGACCAGGUGAUACUGGAGCAGUUCACAGAUCGAUUGCCAAAGGGGACGGCAGAGUGUGUCCAGUGCCACCGCCCGGCGUCGUUGGAGGAAGCUAUCCGACUUGCGGAGGACCACAUGGUGGCGAUCCCGAGGGCGGAAGAGCCCUCCUACAUUUUCUCUCCUCCCUCUGUUUCUUCCCCCUCCCCUCUCUCCUCUCGUUCUGCUCUCUCUCCAGGUCCCGUUCCUGCCCCACGCAGACGAGGAGGACCUCAGCCCCUGAGACCAGUUCCCUGGGUGUGGGAGGCGACACCACCUUCCCCUACUCCAAUGCCCCGCCGCUCUCCCAGCCUCACCCAUACGCUGAUUUUGGGGACUGAUUGGCCUGAUUUUAGAGUUUUAUUAAAGGGAAUUUGCGCGGAUGGGUCCUGUAUGAAAAUAGGGAGAUGUGUGAUGUGCGAUGCUCUGGCAGGGGAGGCGGAGCCGGGGCCAUCCUCGACAGCUCCACGUCAUGAUGACAAGAGAGGGGGAGAGGCUGCAGCCCCUCCCCUUCUCAGGGAAUUCCCUGACGGGGAUUUCCCUUUGGAGCAGUCGCGAGACGAAACCCUCAAACACGCCUUUGACCAAGUGAGAGUCAUCGAUAGUCAACGACUCCAGCCUGACAUUGCACUUUCAUACCCCUAUUUUGCAAUUAUAAAUGAGCGGUUGUAUCGAGUGACACAGGACACUCGGACCAAAGAGGAUACAACCCAACUUUUGAUUCUAAGGAGCCGUCAGGAAAUGGUAUUCCAGGCGGCUCAUUAUAAUCCCAUGGCGGGUCACCUAGGAGAAAGGAAAACACUGAACCAUCUAAUUGCCCGUUUCUAUUGGCCGGGCAUUGGCGGCGAUGUCCGCAGGUGGUGUGUGGCAUGCAGCGAAUGCCAGCUGGUUAACCCACCGGCCACCCCAAAAGCACCAUUGCGCCCUCUCCCUCUGAUCGAGGUCCCCAUUGAGAGAAUUGGAAUGGACCUCGUCGGGCCAUUAGAACGGUCAGCACGCGGACAUCACUUUGUAUUGGUCCUAGUGGAUUAUGCAACGCGAUAUCCGGAAGCAGUGCCUCUUCGCAACAUCUCAGCACACAGUGUUGCGGAGGCACUCUUCAAAAUAAUCUCCCGGGUGGGGAUUCCAAAAGAAAUCCUCACCGAUCAGGGCACAACAUUUAUGUCACGAACACUACGCGAACUGUACGAGUUGUUAAAUAUUAAAUUGAUUCGCACCAGUGUAUACCAUCCUCAAACAGAUGGCCUGGUAGAACGAUUUAAUAAAACCCUCAAAAACAUGAUUCGUAAGUUUGUGCACGAUGAUUCUAGAAACUGGGAUAAAUGGCUCGACCCCCUGUUAUUUGCAGUACGAGAGGUCCCACAAGCCUCCACUGGCUUCUCCCCAUCGAGCUGCUAUAUGGGCGAUGCCCACGCGGUGUGCUUGAUGUAUUGCGAGAGGCCUGGGAGGAAGGACCUUCAAACAGUAAAAAUGAAAUUCAGUACGUUCUUGAUCUUAGAGCAAAACUCCACACCUUGGGGCAACUAACACAGGAGAAUUUGCUCCAAGCUCAAGAACGACAGCGCCGACUGUAUGACAGGGGAACUCAGCUAAGGGAAUUUGCACCGGGAGAUAAAGUGCUUGUAUUGCUUCCCACAUCGAGCUCUAUAUUACUCGCCAAGUGGCAAGGACCCUUUGAGGUCACACAACGAGUGGGAGAUCUCGAUUAUGAGGUUAAACGAACCGAUAGAGGGGACGCACGUCAAAUAUACCACCUCAAUCUCCUGAAAUUGUGGAGGGAGGCGGUUCCCGUGACGUUGGCUACGGUAGUUCCUGAGAAGGCGGAGCUCGGACUGGAGGUGAGUUCAAAACAUAAUCAGUUCACCCCGGUCAUUUGCGGAGACCACCUCUCACCGAGCCAACUUGCGGAGGUUGCUAGGUUGCAACAGGAGUUCACAGAUGUUCCCCUCUACUGGGACGUACAAACCUCAUCCAUCACCACAUCGAGACUGAGCCGGGGGCCGUGGUACGUAGCCGCCCCUAUCGAUUACACGAACACAAGAAGAAAAUCGUUCGGGAAGAAUUGGAUGCGAUGCUUGAUAUGGGGGUAAUAGAAGAAUCCCACAGUGAUUGUUCCAGCCCAGUUGUUCUAGUGCCUAAGAGCGACGGGUCUGUGCGAUUCUGUGUGGAUUAUAGAAAAGUCAACGCGGUGUCUAAAUUUGAUGCAUAUCCAAUGCCUCGCGCUGAUGAGUUGCUCGAUCGGUUGGGCACUGCUCGUUUUUAUUUGACAUUGGAUUUGACGAAGGGUUGUUGGCAGAUCCCCUUGACACCAAUUUCCCGUAAGAAAACCACCUUCUCCACACCGUUUGGAUUACACCAAUUUGUGACUCUUCCGUUCGGUUUGUUUGGAGCCCCGGCUACGUUUCAGCGUCUCAUGGACCGAAUCCUCAGACCGCAUUCAGCUUACGCCGCUGCCUAUUUAGAUGACAUCAUUAUUUAUAGCAAUGAUUGGCAGUGGCACAUGCAACAUCUGAGGACGGUUCUGAGAUCGCUGCGCCGAGCAGGACUCACAGCGAAUCUGAAGAAGUGCGCGAUUGGACGGGUGGAGGUACGGUAUCUGGGGUUCCACUUGGGCCAUGGGCAGGUGCAUCCCCAAAUUGACAAGACAGCGGCGAUUGCGACCUGCCCGAGACCCAAGACCAAAAAGGGGGUGAGACAGUUCCUGGGGCUGGCCUGCUAUUAUAGAAGGUUCGUACCUAAUUAUUCGGACGUCACCAGCCCGCUGACUGAUCUCACUAAAAAGGGAGCUCCAGAUCCGGUCCAGUGGACGGAGCAGUGUCAACGGGCGUUCACGCAAGUUAAAGCUGCACUUUGCGGGGGGCCGCUUUUACAUUCACCUGACUUCUCUCUCCCUUUUGUUUUACAGACCGAUGCUUCAAACAGGGGGCUGGGGGCCGUACUCUCGCAGGUGGUGGAGGGGGAGGAGCGCCCGGUGCUGUACAUUAGCCGUAAGCUCUCGUUAAGGGAAACUAAGUACAGCACCAUGGAAAAGGAGUGUCUCGCCAUCAAGUGGGCGGUCCUCACACUCCGAUACUACCUGCUGGGGCGGGCCUUCACCCUCUGCUCGGAUCACGCCCCACUCCAGUGGCUCCACCGCAUGAAAGAUACUAAUGCCCGGAUCACCCGUUGGUAUCUGGCUCUUCAGCCGUUUAAGUUCAAGGUGGUCCACAGACCGGGGGCACAGAUGGCUGUCGCCGACUUCCUUUCCAGGAAUGAGGGGGGGAGUGGUAGGCAGGCCGGAUGCCGCCCCAGCCUGAGUCGGGUGGUGGGGAUAUGUGGCAGCGGGGGUGUGGUCAAGCAUCUCUCCGGAGAGAGAGAGAGAAAGCGGUAAGGGCGCUUACACCUGAGCUAAAUUAUGUCUAACACCUGUCUCUAAUUUCAGUGAGCACGGGGAGAGCGGCAUAAAUAGGGCUACGCAGCACUCAGACGAGAGAGAGAGACUGGACACGACAGAGCCGGGCCAGAGCAAGGAUUGUUAGUGAAACCUUAUUUGUGAAAUCAGUGUGUGAUAGGAUUUAGCUUAGUGCUUAAAAGGAAAACUGGUAAGUUGUGUGGUGAAGAGGAAAAAUAAAGCCUCACCUUAAGAAGGAAAA